GCGAAUCAAACAUUAAUGGCCGCGUUUACCGCAUAGCGUUCGUUUUCUCGCGGAAAAAAUGGAAAAAGUGAUUGAAACUUAGGAAAAAACAGUAAAAUUGUAUAUUUAAGUGCAUUUUAAUGCUAUAAAGUCAAAAAGACAAUAUAUAACAACGUCAUAAAACAACAAAAUGAGUGCAAAUCAUCCCAAGCCAUCUGGUUCAGGUACAUCUGGGCAGGGUAGCAGUCAUGCUCCAGGGGGAUCAGGAGGAGGAACAGGGACGGGGGCAGUCCACAUUCCCAGCAUUGAGGAGAAGAACAAACAAAUACAGCAGGAAGCGCUGAUGGAGAAGAUUCGAGCCAAGUACAGACAAAAGCCAAAAUCAUACGAUGAGAUCAAGAAAUCAAUACGAAUGUACUUCAUUGAAAAGCAUUACCCAUUGGACCCUGUGUGCAAGGCGACGCUGCAAACAGUUCUCGAUAAACUGCAGCAUUACAUCAAGGUGAACUCCAGACACGGGCUAGUGGAGCGCCUGGAGAGCCUCUCUCGACAGCUAGGUCUUAAGUUCAUGGAGGAUCAACAGACGCUAUUCAUUUCCACAGACAUGUUCUAUGUGGAAAUACUGCUUGAUACCGAAGGCAAGCUCAGCGACGUCAAAGUGCAUCACGAAUGCAAAAGUGAGCAACCAUCCACGUCGCCAUCCAGCUCCAGCUCUGCUGAUCUGCUUAACUGCCUCAAGGCAGGCGACUUUGCCGACUUCACAGUCCAGUUGGAAGGCCUCUCCUCCAUCUACCAGUUGAACGCGGAGCCUAAGGUCAAGAAGAAGGCUUUUGUGGCUCUCGAGGCAAUGGAAACAGACAUCUACAAUCUCUACCAACAGCAACUUCAACAGCAUCAGCAACCACAGAUCGACAGCUACCAGAUGAUGAAGAUGUCCUCGGUGGGAUUAGUGAUGCAGCGACGAGGCGGACACCCCAUGAAACUCACCUAUUUCUGUCCUCCUCUGCACCUGCUUGAAUCGCAGGUGAAAGGAGAGCUAGUAGAUGCAGCUGCAAGUAGAGACUACAGCAUUGAGCAGGUUAUGAAAAGCCCUGUUGGACUGAAUGCCACUCUCAAUCUGGAGGGUUCCUCGGCGAAUAAAUUGCAAAUACUGCCAGUUGUCAGCUUCAGCAGCGAGUCUGGGCUUCCUCUGGAGUUGCCUGCUUAUGCUUCACUCACUCAGAACAACUCGAUGCUGAUUCCGGCUACCUACGUGCUCCGUCUUGGUAAACCGAUGCCUGUCUGCAUCGAUUCUCUGCGUGCUCUGGGUCUCCCAGGUGUACCUACAGAAGGAGAUAUGUCUGUGAUGAAUCUGAUAGUACAAACUGCUUCCAGGCAGCUCAUUAGGAACAUACAGAAAGGAUUGUAUGUCAAUCUCCCAAAGGAAACGCACUGCUACUUUCUGACGGACAAUCGCAGACUGCAGGGCACAAUGUUGUCCUCACUGCAGUUCACGGAGCCAUCUCAGGUGCCCAAGAUAAUCGCAUUCCUCAAGAAACAAGCGCUCUUCUACACACUUCUCGCCAGCUGCGUCAGGGAGCAGCAGAAACAGUACAAUGAUAUGGAAAGCACCAUCAUCUUGGAGGUGACUGCUGUGUCACUCAAUCAGAUCACGGUGGAGUUGCAGCAUCCUUAUGAGGAGUCGCUGGCAACGGUGGACUUUCUGCUGGAAGAUGGCGAGGCUACAUGCACUAUUUACUGCCUCACCAAUGACUACGAAGCGCUCUCUCAGAAGCUGACCCGAACAGUGCGCCAGGUUGUCUCCAUACCUAUGGUCAUCUAUAAGCUACUCAAGUGCUGGGAUGAGGAGCACCUUCAGAAGCUGCAUGGAAUGGCAGCUCCAGGAGCUGGAGGCAGCUCAACCAGUGGAGCAGCUGGUGGCUUUAGCGGCGGAUCAGGGUUAGGAGGAGGAGCAACAAACUUUGGCCACUUUGCUUUGGAUUCCAGCUCAGUGUCUGGCGAAGGCAGCAGUGGGGUUGGAGGUGGACUAGGAGGAGCUGGUGGAUUCAGUAGCGUCAGCAAUCUAAAGAUGGAGUCGACUCUGCGUUCGUUGGCGGAUGCAUUCGCUGACUCGACUUCAGCUGCUGCGGCUAUUGCGGGAAUCAUUAAUCUCAAGAGAGAAACGGAUCCUCAGGCAUCUUCCAGCAGCAGUUCACUUCCACUUUCCACCUCCGCCUCGACCUCUGGAGCUUCGACCUCUGCUUCCACUUCAAGCGCGGCAGCAAAGGCUAGCGACCAUGAGAUUGCAGAUAAGUACAAGAACAUCUGGAAAGAUAAGACGCCCAACUUAAAGCACUGCGUCAGCAUUACGCCCAUUGCUGGGGAUGUCAAGGCGCCUCUCCAGCAACAACAGCAACAAGUUGAUGUGCAACGGACGGGAGGCAUUGAGAUCAUUCCUCUGAGUGCACCUAGCAGUGUGGGAGCCACUCCAAGUGCCGGCUCUCCAGCCACUACAAUCACCAUCACACCUAUCACAGGUGGAGGAGGGGGCAACGGAGCAGGCAAAGAUGCAGUCAAGGAGCAGAAGAAGUCGUCUUCAAGCGGAAGUGGAAGUAGCACCAAACGACCCCAUGAGAGUGGCUCCUCCACUUCCUCCUCUUCUUCCGCUAAUCCGAGCAGCAGCAGCGCCAGCACCUCAAGUUCCUCGAGUGACAACCAAAAGGAAAAGAAGCGCAAGAAGAAACGAGAUGACUCUCCAAUGGGUCCCCCAGAGAAGAUCUAUUCUCGACAAAACUCCCCAGCUGGAGGUGGUAUUACAGAUUCUUCGUCGAGCAGUGGCGUCGUGCGAAAGUUCUCGUCUCCUUCGACGUCAUCUUCCUCCUCGCCCAAGUCUGGUGUGGCAGGAAUGGGGGCAGCUCUUGGACUGACAGGUCUUGGCCAACCUUCGGCGCGUCCAAGUCCCAAGCACAGUCCGGUCUACAGCAGCCCGAAGCACAGCAGCAACACCGCCUCAAAUAGUCCGAAGUCGCCAUUUGGCACCCACUCGCCCAAGCAUGGAUCCUCUGGAAAGCCGAGCAUGUCCACGCUCAAGAGCGCCACUGCGGCCACAAGCCUGAGUCUGAGUCCUAAGGCGGAGAAAUCUUCGAGUGGCAUCACUUCGAGUGGAUCUACUGCAAUAUCGCUACCACUAGCUCUUCCUCUGCCCACAGGCCCAUCUGUAUCAGGAACUGCUUCAGGAGGGAUCAGGCAGCAAUCCUCAAUGAUGCGACCCGUGCCGCCUUUGGCCGCCAGCAGCAGCAGCCAGUUGCCGGCAGGCGUCACCAUCAAGAAGGACAAGAGCAGCCUGGGCAUAGGCAUGGGCAGUUCCUCGGCUACCUCCUCCGCUUCUUCUUCAGGAGUCGUUGCAGCAGCAGUCGCCGCCCUUAAGAGUUCCCAGCAACAACAGCAGCAGAUGAAGCCAUCUGUGAGCAGUUUAUCGCAUCUGGCAGCGGGUGGCAACCUGGGCAGCUACUCGACGCCAUCCGUGGCCGCUUUGGAACUCAAUGCUGCGCUCCGCAAAGGCAUGGCAGGAUCGGGAGUGGGACCGGGAUCGGGUCCGGGAAUGGGCGUGGCAGCGGGAGCGGUAGGCGCGGUUAGUUUGAUGACGUCGACGGCAGCUUCGACGGCAACCAUCCCAACCACGGCAACAGCAACAAUAUCAUCGGUAGCAACAACAGCAGCAGCAGCAACAGUGGAUUCAUCAGUGGGAACGGGAACGGGAGCAGCUCCUCCUCCUCCACUGGCAAUAGCAACAUCAACAACAACGGCAAUGGCAACACAUCAUCAGCAACAGUUGCUAGCAGCGGCGCCACAUAGUAGCGACAGUGGAAGUAGCAGCAGCAGCACGGGAGUAGGAGCAAACACUGGAGGGUCCUCGGAAUACAUGGUGAAGCCAAGCAGCCAGGAAGGUCUUAAACUGACCAUCAAAACAGGAGGCAUCAGCAGCAGCAGUUCAACUAGUAGCAGCAGCAGCAAGAGGGAUGGUAAGAGGGAGAGCGGACCAUCAAGCUCCUCUGGUAGCAGGAAGACACACACAGGACUUAAGCCAGGAGUGAACAGCGGACCAGCCUCAAAGAAGGCACACGCCUUAGGAUCAAGCGGAAGUGGAAGUGGAAGCAGCUCCAGCAAACACCUCUUCCAAAAGGCCAACUCAUCUGGCAGCCUGAGCACCAAGCUAGGCGGAUCGUCCUCUUCAUCCACAUCGUCGGGUGGUGGAGGAUUGCCUCUCACCAAGAGCAACAGCACCAACUCAUUCCAAGAACAUACGGCUCCCAAAAGAAGGCCCAGCAUGGGCAGUGGCGGAGCAAGUGGCAGUGGUAGUGCUCAGCGCAAGUCAUCGCAAGGUGGUCACGGAUCUGGAGGAAAUGGCGGAUUGUCACCAGCUGCUUCAAGCGGAUCAAUGUCACAGCCACCACCACGUUUUGAUCACCACACAGACAUGAUGACCAUUCUACAGUAUGCUUCGCCCAGUAUGACAGCCAGCAUGGAAGGCUUCAUCAAAGGACUGCACAACAAGUUCCAAAUACCGAAAUUAUCGCAACGCACAGCAACAACCACAGCGACGAGCAGCAGCGGUAGCACCAGUAGCACUAGUGGGGCAGGAGGUGGAGGACAAACAACAGCUACAUCUACAGCUACGACGUCUUCCUCCACAACUUCUUCUGCCUUGCAGGAUCAGCAAGCCACAACAGAUCCAAUUGCCUUGUCCAGCGGCCAGUCAACUGCACCCACUUCCAUCAGUGCACAACAGAGCAGCAGUGGCGAACAAGGAUCAGGCGAUGGCAUCGACGAGGAGCUGCUUGCCAGCUUGGCAGGCGAAUGACAUCGAUUAUACCGAUCAGUUGGAGAGUGAAAUUUGUUCCUUAAUUAGUAAUUAUGUAUACUUUUAUUGAUUCUACAAAUGAUCUUGAACUGUGAAUGAGAGACUAAGUUUUGAUCUAAUCGUAGCACAAGAUAUUAAGAGCAAAGACAAUGUUGGGCAUAUGUGAUUAAUAAAAAUAUGAAAUGAUGAUCUCUCUCUCUUUCUCUCUC